GAACCAUCAUACAAGCUCUCAAGUGGAUUCUCAAUCCCAACUGUUGGAUUUGGAACAUGGCAAAGCAAGAAGAAUGAGGUUGCUGAGGCCGUCAAGAUUGCCAUCAAAGCUGGAUGUCGUCACAUUGAUUGUGCUGCCAUCUAUGGUAAUGAGGCAGAGAUUGGAGGUGCUUUGAAGGAGUUGUUUGAUGAGGGAGUUGUUAAGCGUGAGGACCUCUUCAUCACAAGCAAGUUGUGGAACAGCUGUCAUAAGAAGGAGAAUGUGAAGAAGCAUUGCGCCAUCACUCUGAAGCAUCUUGGUCUUGCUUACCUCGACCUGUACUUGAUUCAUUGGCCAUUCGCCUGGGUCUACACUGAUGAGACCCUCAAGGUCGACCCAACCAUGGACUACACUGUCACCAUGCAGGAGACCUGGGAGGCCAUGGAGGAGUUGGUCGCCGAAGGCCACGUCCGCUCGAUUGGUGUGUCCAACGCCAACGUCCAGACACUCUCACAGAUUAUGGUGUACGGAAAGAUCAAGCCCGCCGCCAACCAGGUCGAGCUGCACCCAUACCUGUCACAGCCAGGCCUCAAGGCAUACUGUGACGCCAACAACAUCCACUUGACUGCCUACAGUCCAUUGGGCUGUGGCAAGUUCGUCGGUGAUGCCACCUUUGAAGAGAUUGCCAAGGCACACAACAAGCCAAUCACCUCGAUCCUCCUGCGCUGGGGUCUCCAGACCGGAUUCUCUGUCAUCCCCAAGUCAGUCACCGAGCAGCGUAUCAAGGACAACCUGCUCAUCACCGACUUCACCCUCACUGAGGAUGAGAUGAAGUCCAUCGACGCUCUCAACAAGAACUACAGAACCUGUGAUCCAGCCACCUUCUGGAAGCUCGCAAUCUUUGAUUAA